UCCCCUUGCUCUUACUUAAAAUGAAUUCAGUAGCAAAGUAUUAUGCACAAAUUUUCGGCUUGGGUUUAGCUUUAGGUGGUAGUAUGGAAGUAUUGCUUAUCAAGAGCAACUAUUAUCAGAUGCUUGCUGCUUCAGAAGCAAAACAGAGACUUAAAGAACUUCAACAAGAACAAGAAGACGCUGAACGUUUUAGUCGCUUACAAUCACAAAAUCAAACUAAAUCAGCAUAAGACAAGUAAAUGCUCCACAAUGUAAAUAAAGCAAAAGAAAAGAGAAAACGCGUUUGCUCGGCAAAAUGUUUAAAUAAGGAAACAUGUUUAAAGUCAUGAAUUGAGGAGGGAGAGGAGUUGACAAUCGCGAUCAAACGCUGUCAAAAACAAAAAGGAAAAAGUGAUCGUUUUGUAUUAAUUGCCCUCAAACUUUAUGUGAAAAUACCUAAACGCAAUUAGGCAGGUUAAGAUCAAAAUAGUCUCCUUUAAAUUAUAAAUGGUAUUCUCUUUAUAUCGAUC